GUUAUGCUAAAUUUUCUUCAAAACAAAAAUGAAAAGGAAAACUAAAAACAAAUACGACAAAGAAUGUAUUGUAACACACUAAAUGUGGCAUUUUAGUCAAUUUAAGACUUAUAUUUACUGAAUAAAUUAUAUGCUAUGAGACGCAUUGGCAUCGGGUGCAACACACCUUUUUACGGUUGGAUACCUACUGGGCGAAUGGGAAAGCCAGCUAAGGAGAUCACCCACAGUCUGCGGGAGACAGUGUUGAAAGUAGACACAUUAUCAACACACCUGGCAUCUUCUUCAAACAUAAGGUACACUGAUUGACGGAGAAUGGCGCAACACCUGGAUAUGCUCGUUGUUAUUCUGCUAGUGAUGUUACCUUGUAUCACAGCCUCCUCUGCACAUGUACCAACACUGGAAGUUCCUAAGUUUGGAAGUGACAGAAAUGUAACUGUUGAAACGGUGAUAGAUUACAUAUUUGAGAAAUAUUCCACAGACACCGUUCUAUCAUUCGAGGGCUACGAACAUUUAUUGGAAAGUUUGAGUCUUGGUGUAAUUCAUAUUGGCCACCAUUUAAACACUCACGUCAAUAACGAAUCGGCAAAGUUCAAGGAGUUCCACAAGAACCACAUGCAUCCUUUGCAAACUGAACCGAUCGACAAGCAUGAUAAGACAGACGAUCGAGAUCAGACAAACGAGCAUAAACACAGAGCCGGUCACGAUCCCAAAAAUGACCCCUACCACACAGACGUUCAUAAACAUACAGACGUUCAUAAUCAAAUAUCCGAUCAUGACUACACAUCCGAUCACGAUCACACACUCGAUUAUGAUCAAACAGACGAUCACGAUCACCCAGAUAAUCACGAUCACACAGAUAAUCACGAUCACCCAGAUAAUCACGAUCACCCAGAUAAUCACGAUCACCCAGAUAAUCACGAUCACCCAGAUAAUCACGAUCACCCAGAUAAUCAUGAUCCCACAGAUAAUCACGAUCCACCAGCACACGAUAUUUUGCGUCAUGUUACCGAGGAUUUCUCACGAAAGCCUGACGACACUGGUAGUGAACGCAGCAGAAGAGAUUUAGGCGAACAACAGGUUCGAACUUUGCCAGAAGAGUUAUUCCUAAAGUGUUUGAGACCACUGGAUAUACUACGCCUUCUAAGGUUUACUGACAAGGGGCUGUCGAAAACCCAAUUCAAAGAGUUAUGUCCACUGCUCAUUGCACAAAUAGAUGGACACAGUUGCGACCAUUUACGUCAUCAUAGUCGUACGCACGGGCACGAGCACGGACAUUCAGAAAACUCACCUGAAACUACAGUUACAACUGAAACUUGGUUAUAUGCCUGUGGUGCCAUCUUGGUAAUCAGUAUGUCGGGCUUGCUCUGUGUGGGUGUCCUGUCUCUCCUGCACCACAUGUUUGUGGAGAACUUCCUCCAUUUCCUGGUGGCGAUGGCAGUUGGGGCUCUAACAGGCGACGCCAUGCUUCAUCUCAUACCUCACGCGAUGUCCUCCUCCGAUGGCCAGGCCCAUGGUACUGCCGAUGAUCACGACAUGGAUGGUGUAUUCAAAGGUUUGGCGGGACUGGCGGCUUUCUACUUCUUUUUUCUGUUCGGGAGGAUUCAGAGUAUAGCAAGUCGUAGGAACAAGAAUAUGCGGAAAGAAAAUGACGACGCUGGUUUGACAAUGGUAAUCCGAGCACCAGACAAGGAGGGCAACACAGUUUUGGAAAAAGUUGUGAGCCUAACAAAGGAAGUUGAUAUUCCCGAAGAAGAAAAGCUUGGUCACUCACAUGGCCAUUCUCAUGGCCACGACCACGAUGAGCCACUUGGGUCCACAGGAGCCAUGGUGUGGCGCGUGAUUGCAGGGGACGGUAUCCACAACUUUACUGACGGACUGGCCAUCGGAGUGGCGUUCGCGGACAGUAUCACUAGUGGACUGAGUACUUCCAUAGCAGUGCUUUGUCAUGAACUUCCUCAUGAAAUCGGUGACUUCGCCGUCCUCCUCAAGAAAGGGAUGUCGGUCAAACAAGCGCUGGGUUUCAAUUGUCUGUCGUCUGCUCUGUCAUUGAUUGGUGUUCUGGCGGGAGUCGCCAUGGGCAACUUCACAAGCAUCAAAGUUUACAUACUGGUCUGUGUUGCUGGGAUGUUUAUCUAUAUUUCACUGGUUGAUAUGCUUCCAGAAAUAAGUAGCAGCCCUUCUAAGCACCCUGUGCGCCAUCUUGUCUGCACUAUGCUGGGACUCGGUGUUGGCUCCAGCAUUAUGCUCACUAUUGCACUGAAGGAAAAUGAACUGAAGAAGCUCAUCACGUGAUAACACUGCGACAUGCUGAAUGAGCCUACCACAUGCUCCAGGAGACAUAUCAGUUAUUUUGAGCCAGGAACCGAAUUCCUCUGAGUGCUCUAUUUUAUUCCAUCUGUGAACGCUUAUUUUUAUUUUCGAUAUUUAGUAUAUACAUGUAACAUCAUAUCAAUAAAUCAUAGAAUUGUCA